AAUGAGAAAUAGAAAGGAACUUGGAUAAUCAUUUAAAAUGAAUGGUCCAAUACCAAAAAUUGAUAAGACUCCAGUGAAAAGAAGGAGUUGUGAAUGUUCGGAAUGUGGUUAAGUAAACAAAAAAAUGUAAUAUAUUGGAUCUAUAAUCUAACAAUUUCAUCCAUAUUUUAAUAUAGCUUUUAAAUUGUUUGAAAAUGAAAGAAAGAAUCAAGAAAAGUAAACUAAGAUUCAAUAACAGAAAUAAUUAAGAUUAAGAAAUAAGAGACAUAAUCAUAAUAAAGAUAUGUUAAAAAGAGCAGUCAAUGUAAUUACAAUAUAAGAUGCGUUAACAAAUAAUAGGAGAAAAAAUGUAGAACUACCUCCUAUAAAUAUGUGUUCUUUAAAAGAAAUAAAAUAUAAUUCAUCGAAUAGUACAUUAUCAGUUGUACCAUAAAGAAAAAUGUGGGAUAAACGAUAAACUACAAUUAAGUUUCAAUACAACAAAAACAAUGGUCAUAAUCAAAGAUGUUACUUGCCUGCUAUUCCUUUAGAUUCUCAUCUAGUAUUUAGGAUUAAUAAAGUUAUUUACUAAUAAUAUAUCUUAAGACAUCAGUAAGGAACUGUUGAUGAUUUUAAUUUUAAAUUACGAAUUAAUAUUUUUGAUGAAAAAUAAGAACCUUAACCAAUUAAACAUUAAUUAUUGGUUCCACCUAUUAGAUAAGAAGAAGAUUAUGAUGAAGAUGAAUCUAUAAUUGAAUCAGUUUAAUAAAUGCCGAUUAAAAAUAAACCUAUAAGAGAAGAAUAAUAUAAAUAAAUCUUGAAAUAUAAUAAAAGAAGUUUUGCUAAUCUUGUUGAAUAGGCCUAACUAACAGAAAGAAAAGCUAUACAGAAUUUAAUUAAAAUUAGUAUUCUUAUCUAUCUUAAAUAGGUAAUAGUCAUAGAAUCCUACCAUUAAUAUUUGAUUAAUAGCCGUUACCAAUUUAUAUGAUUCAUAGUAAUUAUUUAGAUGCUCAAAAGACAUCCAAAAGUACUAAGUUAAUUAAAUUAGAAAAGUCAUAACCAGCUAUGCUAAAGUAAUUAAUAAUAAUUUAAUUUAAGAUCAUAAAGUUAGCAUGUUAAAAUAAUAGCCAUAAAUAAACAUAAAAAGAACUAAACAGCAGGAUCAGUAUUGUUAAGAUUAUGA